AUGUCGGCGGCCGCGCACAGACGUCAGGCUGGUGGGGUGAAAGGAGAAGUCCCCGCCGCCGCCGCAAUAGCAGCAGCCACCGCUCGCGGAGAUGAGGAGCCGGGCAUGGCGGCGGCCCCCAGCCUCACCGUCUGCCUCAAGCUGCUGGCGGCUGCCUUCUACGGCUUCAGCUCCUUCCUUAUUGUCGUGGUCAACAAGAGCGUCCUCACCAGCUACGGAUUUCCUUCCUCGCUCUGUGUGGGACUAGGCCAGAUGUUGGCUACGGUGGUUGUCCUCUGGGUGGGAAAGGCACUCAGGGUGGUGAAGUUUCCAGACUUUGACAGAAAUAUACCUCGAAAGACAUUUCCACUACCUCUUCUCUAUUUUGGGAACCAGAUCACAGGACUGUUCAGCACAAAGAAACUGAACCUGCCAAUGUUUACGGUCCUGAGACGGUUUUCUAUUCUGUUUACAAUGUUUGCUGAAGGAAUUUUACUCAAGAAAAAGUUUUCUUGGGGAAUUCAAAUGACAGUAUUUGCAAUGAUAAUUGGUGCAUUUGUAGCUGCAAGUUCUGAUUUGGCAUUUGAUCUAGAAGGUUACAUAUUUAUCUUAAUCAAUGAUGUCUUGACAGCUGCAAAUGGUGCAUACGUAAAACAGAAACUAGAUUCAAAGGAAUUGGGAAAAUAUGGCCUCCUUUAUUACAAUGCACUAUUCAUGAUUCUACCUACCGUGGCCAUUGCUUGUUUUACAGGAGAUGUGCAAAAGGCAAUAGAAUACAAAGGCUGGGCAGACACCCUCUUCCUUAUACAGUUUUCACUCUCAUGUGUAAUGGGGUUUAUUCUGAUGUAUUCUACAGUACUUUGCACUCAGUAUAACUCUCCCCUCACAACUACAAUAGUUGGUUGUAUUAAGAACAUAUUGAUAACCUACAUAGGAAUGUUCUUUGGAGGAGAUUAUAUUUUCACAUGGACAAACUUUGUAGGGUUAAAUAUUAGUAUUGCUGGAAGCCUGGUGUAUUCUUACAUCACUUUUACAGAAGAGCAGAUGAACAAGCAGUCUGAAGCUAGCAUCAAGAUGGACAUUAAAGGAAAAAGCGCUGUAUGACAAAUGAAUUACUUACCAGAAUUAGUUCUUGCUCUUCAGCGAUGAUUGCUGACAAAUCAUUAGAAUAUGCAGUAUCUGUGAAUGGAAUAGUAUGGGUACUUUGCAUUUGCACAAUCUGAAGAUUGCUGCCUUAAAAAAAAAGAACUUGGUAUUUAUAGUUGAUCAUACAUGAAUUGCACAGGUGAUUAACAUUAGGAUUCAAGAAACAACAUUUUGAAAUGUUGAUCACCAUCUAUAGUCGGAGAGUUGGAGGGCUUUUUAGGCCAUCUAGUCCAACCUGCUCAAUGCAGGAAAUCCAGAGCUGGAGCAUCUAACAGAGAGCUGUCAAGCCUCUGCCUAGAAACCUCCAGUGAGAGAGUUAGAGCCCACCACAUUGGUGGUUCCAUUGUUGGACUGCUGUUAUCAUUAAGAAGUUUCUCCGAAGGUUCAGCUGAAAUCUAGCCCUCUCUAACUUAAAUCCAUUAGAUUCCAUUCUGCCCCCUGAGGCAGCAAAGAAUGAGUCUUUGCCCUCUUCUGUGCAACAGCCCUUCAGGUAUUUGAAGAGUGCCAUCACAUUCCCCUCUCAGCCUUCUCUUCCUCAGAUGCAACAUUGUCUUCUUUUCUCCAGCCUGCUUCAGAAGGCUUGUUUUCCAGGAUCUUGGUCCAUCACAGACCAUCAAUCCUCUGAAACAGUUCCAGUUUGUCCCUUUUAAAGUGCAGUGCCCAGAACUUAAAAGUACUCCAGGUGAGGUCAGAGUAUGCAGAAUAAUUACCUUUCAUUACUUGGGAACUAUGGUUCCAUUAAUGCAGGCUAAAAUUGCAUUUGCUUUUUUAGCAACUGCAUCACAUUGCUGAUUUAUGUUCAUUUUGCUAUAGACUAACAACAAGAUGCUUUUCACAUGUACUGGAAUCAAGCCUGAUAUCUCCUAUCCUAUACCUGUGCUUGCUUUUUUUUUUGCCCAAGUGCAGAAGUUUGCAUUUGUCAGAGUUGAAUUUCAUUGCAUUAGUUUCAGCCCAGUUUUCCAUUUUUGUCAAGGUCAUUUUGAGCUUUAUUCUCAUCUUCCAAAGUAUUAGCUACACCUCUGAGUUUUGUCUCAUCUGCAGCUUUGAAGAUUCUCUCAACUCUUUCAUUCAAAAUUAGAGAAAAACGCUGAAAUGUAGCAGAGGGAGCCAUGCAGCACUCCUCAGUCUCCCUCCAGUUUGAGGAGGAGCCAUUGAUGAGCACUUUGGGUACAAGUCCCUAAUCAGUUGGAAAUCCAACCAACAGUAUCAUCAUCUAGUCCACAUUUGAACAGUUUGCUAACCAAAAUCCCAGCAGGAACCUUGCCAAAUGCUUUGCUGAAAAAAGUCACACACACACACCCCACACCCAAGCCAUUCCCACAAUCCACUAAGUAAUAAAAAGAGAUUAAUCUGGUAGGAUUUCACCUCUGGUAGUUUUGAGUAAGGUUAUCCUAAUCCAAUUCCUAAAUUGCAGGGCCCUAUCCUCUGCAGCAUAGCUUGUAGAGAGGAGGAGAAGCGAAGCUCUUCUCCUCUGAAACCAUAGGCAGUAAGAGUGCAAUCAAGAGAAAUUGGGGGCUCACCCAAGUCCCAUUCAAAUUAACAGUCCUCCUGCACAGACACCACUGAGUACCAUCAGUGUCACUGAUAGUGAGAUGUACCUUGUUGAAAAUAAUUGCUUCAAGCCUUUAUAGGCACUGAAGCAGCAAUUCUGGGCAAGGAGCCUGCAAGCAUAGAUGUAUUAUGUAAAAUACACUUAUGUAAUACAGUAAAAUAAGCUUUAAAAUUCCUCUCAUGGAGGAAUGCAAGCUCUCAUUUUUACACCUUGCUGGUGGGCUUUCACUUAUUAGAAACUGCAACUCUUCUCUUUCCGAUGUGCCAGAAAGGUAUAUGAGGCACCAGUAACUCUUUCUGCUUAAAACAUGUAAGUUAUUCUCCACUCAGGAGAAUAGUGGCCAACAUCCAGAGCAGUGAACCACUUGUGGAAGGAUGUUGUGCAACAGUGGUGCAUCUGCAGUAUACUUCAUUUGUUAAUGGGAAUAUUUGUAUUACAAUUGCAUUAAAGUCAGUUUUUAGUGCAACUAAGUGGACAACUUGUGCUAGCAUGAAUCUGCUUGCUCCACAGGCAGUCUGUUAUAUAUUAUAGGAACCACUUCUCCAAAUGGCCCAUUUUUACAGAGUUCUUGCAUCUUCACUGUAACAGUAUUAAUUGAAAUGCUUCAUCUCUGAAGAGCACACUCAGAGCUGACUGUAUUUGCAAACUGAUUUUGAAACUACAUAUUGGGUGGGGGGUGGGGAAUCUCCCCAGAUUACUAAAACACUCCUUGGACUAACCCUUGGAUCACCCUUCACCUUUAAGACAUGAGGGAAUAACCAAAUAAGAAAACACAGAACAAACAAAAAGCAGAUCUAAAGGACAAAGAAAAGGAAUGGGACAGGUCAACCUGAAGCCAGGGGACAAGCAUAUGUUUUAAUAUUGAAACAAGUCAACAGUGCCUGCCAAACUGUAUGAAUGGAAAACAUGCAAUUCAUUUUUUGUCGUAUUAAACUCAACCAUAUCCUCUA